GUUAGAACACUCGGCACGCGACUCACUUGACAAUACCUGAAAGGCGAAUUUCAAGGCCGGAUUUCCUUGGAGCGAUGUGCGACACAAUCGACGAUAGCAAUGUACUCCCGUCCUGGCAGAACCACGAGAUCGGCAGAGCAGGAAUUGCAUGAUCGGAUAAAACCUUGAAGGUCUAUCACCGCGUUGAGCGUGCAUUGUCCGGCAUUUCGAGUACGGCUUACCAACUGACCUGAGAUGGCUCCAAACAAGAAGAAAAAGAAAGCCGCUUCGAAUCCGGCGAGGGGUUUUGCGACCACCUCACUGCCCUCCAAAGCAAAGCCUGCCAAUGAGCCUGAACGAAAUGUCGUUCGGCCGAGUGCCGGAGUCCAAGAACAAGGAGCACAGGGAGAGCCUUCGGCCGGUCCAAGUGGCCAAGGUACUGAUGUCGGAACAAAUGGCCAACAAUCUACGCAGAUAGAGGACAUGACUCCUGAAGAAUUGGAGGCUCAUCUGGAGAAUUCUGAACUUGAGGCUCUGGUCGAGAAGUACUCAGCCCGAUGCAUAGCAGAUGCCAAUCGCCAAAUUGCACGGCUUGAGACUGAGCGGCGGCAGCUGCGUUUGCAAGCUAACAAACUCUCAACCUACUUGUGGCUUCCAGAAGAGACAAUUGAUGAACUAUUGGAGAUGAAUCCUGCCAGCACGGCAACAAGUGGCCACAACGGCAAUGCCUGUAUCGCGCCGAGUGCUGAGGAGGUAGCAUUGGUCGAACUCUGGACUCUCCAACGAAUUUUACAAGCGCUUCAGCUUCCCAGAAUCCUCGAUGCCAUUCAUUACAUAGCUGGUCUUGCGGCAUCCGGACAGCUAAGCACGACUACAGACUCACUUCCUGGCUUGCCCGAGGCUCUUCAAUGGUAUGCAACGCACACCGAAGCAGCUGAAUUGCCGAGCUAUGAGCAUGUAGUGGGAUCCAGACCUGGAAAGAGUGGCGACAGCACGCCUGUUCAAGAUGAUUCUGAGACAGUAACGGCAACUCGAAGUCGACAGAGCCCAGUCAGUACGCCAGUUCAAGUGUCGGAGCCGGAGGAUGACUCCACGCCAGAGAGCUCGUCAGUCGAAAGUGAUGAGGACGACGAUCCUACAAGACUGACAGAGAAAUACGUUCGCAUCAGACGAAUGUUGUGGGAGCUGGAGAAUCCAGACCCAUCCAAAGAACCUACAAGAUUGUCUAGGAAGCAAAAGCGCGCGGCGCAGCUGGGUGGCAGACUGCAAAAGCUGCGGCGAGACCCGCUAUUCGAUGAGUACGAGGCAGAAUCUGCUUGGAAUGAGACCACGAUCGAGCUCGAUGCGACACAUCAACACCGCUUACGAAUGGAAACCACGCGACGGCGCAACCAAAAGAAAGGAGAUGUUCCGAAGCAAGACGGCGAAGUGACGGAGGACACGAAAAUCGCAUCUGAUGGUGGCAAACCCGCCGAUCAUGACGGAGACGAGCUUCUUGGAGGCAUGUUUGGGAACGCCGACGAUGCUAUUUCUCCGGAUGAAGGCCCACAAUCACAAGAGAGAAAGGUCAAAUUGGUCGACUUCGGCAAAUGGACCGGCGUAUCACCCAGAAAACUGCUCGAGGACACAUGCAAAGGAUAUGAUGCUAGGUGUCGGAUACAAGUACGGAUGCUGCAGAGUACUCCAUAUUCGACGAGACACUGUCUGGACAUCUCAUGGUCAAACGAUACAGUACCAGACGACCACGCGGUACUCGCAAUUCCAGCGGAAGUCUCAUCGCAAAUGACACCACGUAACUGGUCUCUAACCAUGGACACGGUCGCUGCAGCAUCGAGAGCCCAGUCAGAAGCAUACGUCUGCACGCUCGGCAUAUUCCUUGUCGCCUCACUUGGCUCAAAGGAGCAAAAAGCAGCCGCCCGGCUUCCCACUGUGUGGAGAGAACUUAUCAGGGAUUUGACUGACGCAAAGCAACGAAUGAUGAAUGAAGAACACAAAGAGACCCUUCGUCGACUUCGAGGCAUUCUUCAGGACGCCCAGGAGAAGUUGCAGGGCGGGCAAGAUCGGGUCGGUGCAAAAGCAAGACAUCUAACAAUCUCGAGAGACCGCCGUCGGCCACGUCACACCCCAAUCAGACUCGAUGCAGACAGUAUUUCGACAGAGUGGACCUCCCGUACCUCGCGGCCGGCCUUCCAACAGAUGCUCGAAGUCCGCCAAUCGCUCCCAGUCCACCAGUACAAAGACGAUAUCCUGUCUUGUAUUGCUAACAAUGCAGUAAGCGUGAUAUGCGCAGAGACAGGUGCCGGCAAAUCCUCCGGGAUUCCUGUGUUACUCCUCGAGCAACGAUUUGAGGGCGGUCAAGAUUGCCGCAUCCUAGUCACCCAGCCACGACGUAUCUCUGCAGUCACGCUUGCGAGACGCGUGUCUGCAGAGCUGGGCGAGAGCCGCAACGAUAUUGGCACGUCCAGGUCGCUCGUAGGGUAUGCGAUCCGCCUGGAAAGCAAGACGAGCAGUACAACCCGCAUCACAUAUGCGACUACUGGUGUGCUACUCCGCAUGCUCGAAGAGUCGCCAGACCUUGAUGAGCUGGAUUACUUGAUCCUUGAUGAGGUCCACGAGCGCACGAUGGACCUAGAUCUGCUGUUCAUCGCGCUGCGGAAGCUCCAGAAGCGUCGAAGCACAUUGAGGAUUGUGCUCAUGUCAGCGACGGUCGACGCACGCAAGUUCUCUGACUACUUUGGCGGAGCGCCCGUCCUGGACUUACCAGGUAGAACAUUCCCCGUCGAAGUUGGGUUCCUCGAGGACGCCGUUGAAGCGACCAUCGACAUUGCUAGCAGCGAGAACAAGACUUUGCUCGUGGAAGAUGAUGUCGCAGACUUCGACGAAUACGCGACCGAGAAAGGUCGCCCUGUCAUCUCCAAUCCCGAGAAAUACAGCAGCAAGACACACCACAUCAUAUCGCAAAUGGACGAAUAUCGCAUCGAGUACGACCUGAUCGCCAAAUUGGCAGCCUCGAUCGCCACGAAAUGCCAGUAUGUCAAGUACAGCAAGGCCAUUCUGAUUUUCAUGCCCGGCAUCGGCGAGAUGCGCCGCCUCCACAACCUACUCCUGUCGAUGGACAUCUUCAGUCAAGGCUGGGUCGUGCACCUCCUGCACUCGACAUUUUCGACCGAUGAUCUCGAAAAGGCAUUCGAGCGUCCACCGCAUGGAUACAGAAAAAUUGUAAUCGCCACGAACAUCGCUGAGACGGGUAUCACGAUUCCCGACGUGACCGCAGUGAUCGACACGUGUAAGGAGAAAGUCAUGCGUUUCGACGAGCGGCGCCAACUCUCCAGACUCACAGAGGGAUUCAUCUCCCGAUCGUCAGCUCGUCAGCGACGAGGUCGCGCCGCUCGUGUACAAGAUGGCUUGUGUUUCCACCUCGUCACGAAGCAUCGGCACGACAAUCUCAUGCUGGAGCAGCAAAUCCCCGAGAUAUUGAGGCUGAGUUUGCAAGACCCCAUGCUGCGGAUCAAGGUGUGGGAUUUGGGCUCAAUUGAGGAAACGCUCAAUGCGGCCAUCGAUCCACCAUCGAGGAAGAACGUGCUAAGAGCGAUUGAGAAGUUGAAAGAUGCUGGAGCGUUGACCAAAAGCGAAGCUCUCACACCACUGGGACAGCAGAUCGCACGGUUGCCGUUGGAAGUGUCACUUGCGAAACUCGCCAUCUUCGGUGUCAUCUUCAGAUGUUUGGAUCCCAUCCUGUCCAUCAUCUCGCUCCUGACGUCGAAAUCGCCGUUCCUCUCAUCCUCGACUUCCGGCUCCCAGCCUGACGCCCGUCAAAUUUUCAGUCGCGCCGAUUCUGACCUACUAUCCUCCUUCAACGCCUAUGAAGCGUGGCGUCGCGCUAAAGCAGCCCGAUCUGCUCAAGAAUUCUGCCGAAAGUACCACAUCAGUGAUCAGACCAUGUCACAGGUCGAAGAACAGAAGAUUCAACUCCUCGUGUACCUUGUCGACGCCGGUCUUGUGAUCCUCGAGGGUGCUGAAAAAGCCGCACUCAGCCGUGCUCGACCAAGCGCCGGACGUGGCGCCGGUGGCACGUUUUACACAAUUCCAGAGCGGUACAACCACAAGGUCAGCGACAGGGCGCUCAACGCCAUCAUGGCCAUGGCUUUGUACCCGCGCAUACUCAUGCGUGAGGGUAAAGGGUGGCGAAACGUGUAUACGAACCAGCAGGUCUCGCUCACUGCCCGCUCGAUCAACUACAACACUCUGAAAGCUCCACACUGGCUGUCCUUUUACGAAGCAAUGCAGAACAGAAGCGGGAACUUGAACGUGUUCGAGACAUCUGCAAUCCCAGAGUCAGCACUGGCAGUCAUGCUGGGCGAUGCCGAGUUCAAGUUCUACGCCGGCGUGAUGGUGCUGGAUUCGGGGAAGAUAAAGGUCUCUGUCAAGCAUUGGAGGCAAUUAAUGGCGAUCAAGACCGUGAGGGAGCAGCUGUCGAGAGUGUUGGAAACGGCGUACAAGAAGCCGGGCCAAGCAUUGGAGGAGAAUGAGCAGAAAUGGGUGGACAUGUGGUUGAACAUUGAGGCUUGUCAGGAAUAGAGACUGAGCUUUCGAUCACGCCCUUGGACACUUCCUGCGCACCACUCCUGUGAAGCUGCGUUCAUCUCAAUAGACUCGUCAGCAACAUGCCCGUACAGGCUCGUAGAGGCAGAGUCACUUGUCACAUGACAGGGCCUUGAGCGAGCCCGUGGUCAUUCCCCU